UUCAACGCGCAUGCGCGAAGAUUUGAAGAGAAUACGCCAUAUUGAAUCCCAAUAGAAAUCAGCGAGCGUUUUCCCGUGAUCUAGCGGUGUAGCAGGGACUACUUUGUCAAUGGUCCUAACUCGGUUUUACGCUUAAUUUUCGUGCACCCCGGACAGCGUUGGGUCAUCUCUCGGGACGGCGGCUUAGCGCGCGGCAUCAAGACGGACUCGCUGGCGUUCUACCCAACACGGGGGGGUCACCGGAGAACCAAGUUGAAUGGAUCCGAGGGUAGCUUGGAUUCAGCCCGAACAGAAAGGACCGGCGAACGCCUUAUGGAUGCACGUCUGGGAAACCUCUCAGGGAGUACGGACGCUCGCCGCCCAGCAUGUCCACAACCAGUGCGUCAAUUACGCCGCGCUGGACGUGUUGAAAAAUGCCGUGGUGUCGAGCAAGAGCCUGGGCAGCAGCGGCGGCGGAGGCGGCGGCCAUCACAGCAUCACGAACAGCGGUGGCGGCGGCGGCUCGGCUUGUGUGAACGACGCCGCGAUAUCAUCCCUCGGCAUGGCGCUGUCCAACUUUUUUACCCCGGCCUCAUCCGAUGCUGGUGAAGGGAAGGCAGUUCCCACCAAGCCUGGCCCUGUCGCUUCCUCGCUUGAAUCCCGGGCGGCGGACAGUCCCCCCUCCACGGCAGGGAAUAAAAACGUCGGGCCGCUAUUUGCUCUGGGUGACAACACUGACAACAACCGGUACCACCAACAUCUCCUGCAUCACAGCAGUCACAUUUUAAAUUUGCAGCAGCUGUGCGCUAAAAAUCACCAGGUGGCCCCUUCUAUACCUGUGAACCCCCCUCACCACCACCACCCCGGCCGGAGGAAAAGUGACAAUAAGGCCAGCACUUACGGGGUCAAUUACUUGCUUUCAAAUUGCACUAACGGCAACGACGCGAGCACUUGGACGCCCUGGAAGACGCGAAACUACACCCCGGGGGUCCUCGGACUCCAUGAAGAGUUGAUGGACUUCUACAACUUCAUGUCUCCGCGGCCAGAGGAGGCCGCUAUGAGAAAAGAGGUGGUCAGCCGGAUAUUGAGAAUUAUCAAGGAGCUGUGGCCCACCGCAGAUGUCCAAAUAUUUGGCAGCUUCAGUACAGGACUCUACCUUCCAACAAGCGACAUUGACCUGGUGGUAUUUGGAAAGUGGGAGCGCCCUCCGCUACAAGAGUUGGAGCUGGCUCUUCGCAAGCACAACGUUGCUGAGCCGUUCUCCAUCAAAGUGCUGGAUAAAGCUACUGUGCCAAUCAUCAAGCUUACAGACCAGGAGACUGAGGUGAAAGUGGACAUCAGCUUCAAUGUGGAGACUGGCGUCAAGGCGGCAAGUUUCAUUAAAGAUUAUGUUCAGAAGUAUCCGGUGCUGCCUUACCUGAUCUUUGUACUGAAGCAGUUCCUGCUACAAAGAGAUCUGAAUGAAGUCUUCACAGGCGGAAUAAGCUCCUACUGCCUCAUCCUCAUGGUCAUCAGCUUCUUGCAGCUUCACCCUCGCAUCGACGCCCGGAACCCCAGUGAGAAUUUGGGAGUUCUGCUGAUCGAGUUUUUUGAGUUGUACGGUCGCCAUUUUAACUACUUGAAAACAGGGAUUCGCAUCAAAAACGGAGGUGCAUACAUUGCCAAAGACGACAUGGCCAUGACCAACGGUUACAGGCCGUCCAUGCUCUGCAUCGAAGACCCGCUACUUCCAGGGAAUGACGUGGGCAGGGGCUCGUACGGCGCCAUGCACGUCAAACAGGUCUUUGACUACGCCUAUACUGUCCUCAGCCAUGCGGUGUCGCCGCUCGCCCGGUCGUAUCCCAACAAAGACUGCGAAAGCACCUUGGGAAGAAUAAUCAGGUUGACGCAGGAAGUGAUCGACUACAGAGAGUGGAUCAUCAAAAAGUGGGGUGGCAGAGAUCUGGCUCGAACUGAUAACAGAGUGCCAACUCCCAAGGAGCCAGUAUCUGAUCAGGACCCUAGCUGUUUUCUUGAUGGUGGCGUCGGGUCGGAGGAGCAGCAGAGGGACUCCGCGUCCCCCCAGAGCGCAGACUCGCCAAUGUCCAUCUCCAGUCCACAGCAGCACUCGUCAGCCUCGUCUGUCUCCUCCCUCUCUGGAUCAGACAAUGACUCAGAUUCAGCGGCUCCCUGUCCUGUGCCUCCGCCCCCUUUGCCACCUUACCCGUCAUUCCCACCUCUGGGCCUCGCAUUUCCCCCGGGAUUUAGUAUUAGCACCGCCAAACCAGGAAUGACAGGCCACCAUCUGCUCUUGCCUCCUGGCUCACAGGCUCGCGCCUCGCUCCCCGGGGGUCUCACAAUGCACUCUAUACCUGGCAGACAGGUGUGUAUCGACACCGGUCUCUCUGCCUUCUUCCACAUGCACCACCCAGCCCAUGCCCCUGCCCCCUCCAGUUCCCAGCCUCCGCCCAGCCCCCACUCUAGCCAUACACAUAAGAACACCGUCAAGUUCAACAUGAAGGGCUUGCACAACCCGCCGCUCAUCGCCAACCCUGUCAUGGCGACCCGCGGACACGCUCACACGCACGCACAGUACCACCGGAACACUUGGCGGCGCCGAAAGCGGGACAGCCUACCGGUCAGCCCCAGCAGAUAGAGACAGCUUGUCCCCUCUCUCCUCACAGAGACCAGCAGUUUCCACUCUACCGGGGCGGCCGCUAAACGUAACGACAUGCAGCUCUGCUUGUGCUCCGGCGUGACCUUUUGUUCACUGCCUUGUAGCGUCUCAGUAUUAUGUUGCGGUCAGUAUUUUUGCUUCCCUCGGUUACGGCUCUUCCCAGAGCUAACGUCUUGAUUUGUCUUUGGGCCGGCACCUACGGGAGCUACCGUUGGCCUUUGCAAGCCUCUCUCAAGCCUCGCAGCAAAGCUGUCCCGAGGUUCGACGUUACACUUUUUUUCUCUCUCUCUGUUUAGUGCAAUAUUUUUGGAAGGGGAACUUAAAUGCUUAUUUAAUUUUGUGUGCAAAUGUCAAAGGCAUUUUUUAUACCGUUUAUUUUAUUUUUGUAGAAUUUUUACAUUCUGUUUACGGAACCUUUUGGGUAUCUCUGGUGAGAUGGAGCCCAGGUCAAAGACCCCCUCCCCCUUUGUUUUUACGGAGGAGCUCUUAUCUCAAUAAACCUAACACUUCCCCCCUCCAAGACAUGGCGACCCGACACAACCAUAGGAAGCCAAAUUCCUCUUCCUGGAGGCGAGCGGCAGGAAAAUUGCACCCUGCGUUCAUAUCUCGGUGAGAGGAUGUAAUUGUGUUUUGGACUUUGCAACCACAAGAUUGUCUAUCCAUCUUUUUGUGGACCCUGUUGCUGCCAUAUUUUUUCCGUCACUGCCUCCCCCCCCCCCCUUCUUUACUGUCUUUUUUCCCUAAUUGGGGAUUUUGAGUAUAGGUCAGGAAAGAGGAGACGACUGUGGGUGCAUAAAGGUCUAAAUUGGUGCCCAGGCUCGCACCGCAAAGGUGCUCAGCGAUAAGGAGCUUCCCCUUUGUAAUCUUGGGCAACAAAAGCCCUCCUAAACCAAGGACCCGAGUCAAAGGGAAUUAUAGUUCGAUUCCAUUCAGGAAUCUUGUGUAUAUUUGAUUGCCAGGUACUUCCGCUAAUUGUUUGCAAUGCCUUUCUUUGUGUUUACUGGGUGUGUGCGUAUGACGGCGCAAAAGCUGUGACUCGCCAUCAACACUACUCGCGCACUCCCGUGUUAAUUCUAUGCAAGCGGGUUACUCCGAUUAUCACGUCAAGUCUUGUGCAUUCAAGGGUUGUCGUCCCCCUGGCCCCUGAUAAUGACAAUGUUCAAUUGGACUGAACAGGAGUUAAUUUAUAUUCUUGUGUAAGUGCGUGUUGGAACCAUAGCCUCUGUCUUCAUAUAUUAGUAUGAACCUCCCAAGAUGUCUCAAGAGUCUAGUUUUUUACAGCUAAUUGUAAGGAAUAGGGGGGAUUUUAUCGUCCGUGUUUGGGGUCCGAGUCUGUGCAGUGUGUGCGUGUGUGACCUAGUUAAGUGCACGAGGCACGUCUCGGGACGGUUUUGGAACAGGAUGCACCCAGGGAGCGACUUGCUCUCUGUUGGUGCAGCACCAGAGUUUUUUUUAAUUUACAUUACAUUGAUGUUCAAUGCUGUUACACUGUUUUAACUUAGUUUUGUUUUUUUUCUUCCUCACGAAAUACGCCAAGCAACUCUGACCCAUUGCCCACAUUUGCCCACACAGCAUCAAUUUGGCCCCAAGAUGAAGAGGUAGCUAAUGAGCUAAUCACCAACAUUCACAUAGAAAAAUUUUAUCACCCAUAUUUGAAUUGUUAUGGACUCUACCAAAAAUCUUUUAAUUUCUAUGAACGCAUUUAAACAGCACGGUUUUCUUCAAUUAAAAGCCCAGUUCUGAGAUUUUAAACAAGACUUUAAAGUGUCUGGUUCUGUGAAGAAGCAACAAUGAAAUUGUUAAGGAGCAGAUUGUCGGGGCGGGUCUGAGUUGCUAAACAUUCUCACAUAAUAUACUGUAUUUCAUGAAAAUAUGCUGGCUUAUUGCAUCACUUUUAAACUUGUGAAGUGAAGCAUUAAGAAAGUGACAGUGGGCCACUGAGUUUUUUUCCCCUUACAGUGUACACAGACGUGCACUGCAACCUCCUUCCUGUUACAAAUAUGACAAGGGGUUUUAAAAGUGUGGCUGCUCUUUAAAAAAUAUAGCAGCCCUCCCCCUUAAUUUUUGUCCUGGCUGAUUGUUGUGAGCCAGAAACCACUUUUGUUUCAGAGCUGUUUUUCUGGACGUUUUUAUGUAUGUUUUUGUAUUUUAUUUUUUAAAUAAACAUUUUAAAACUUGCUCUCAUUUUUUU